AAUUCACCAUCACGUUCUUUGGAUAGCACGGCGCCCGAGUCGCUUUAACUCCAUCGUCCAUGUAGCCGACGGACGGAAUCGUCAUCCGCUUUCUUUCCAUCUUUUUUUCCCGGCAUUCAACAUUAUCAUCAUGCCGCGCCGCAAGCUCUCGGCCUCGGCCGACUCAUCAUCACCGGUAGCGAUGACCACUACCAUGGCUGACGACGGCGACAACAGCAGCACUCCGCUCCUUGCCCCAUCGUCUCCUUCCGACCCACCACAACAACCCCAACCUUCCUUUUCUUCUUCUUCUCCCUCCUCCUCCUCUUCCUCCUCCUCCUCCUCCUCCUCUCCUUCCAAGCCCACCCGCCCGGAGAUCGAAAGCCAGUCCUUCACCGCCCGCGGCGUCGUCGUCGGCCUCGCGGUCGGCACGGUCAUCUGCUUCUCCAACAUGUACUUCGGCCUGCAGACGGGGUGGGUCAGCACCAUGACCAUGCCGGCCAGCCUGCUGGGCUUCGGCAUCUUCCGGCUGCUGCGCGCCCACUUGGGCGAGCUGCCCUUCUCGCCUGUCGAGAACGUGCUCGUGCAGACGGUGGCGGGGAGCAUGGCCAUCAUGCCGCUGGGCUGCGGCUUCGUCGGCGUGUUGCCCGCGAUGAACUACCUGCUCAAGCCGGAGGAGCAAGGGCCGAUCCAGCUCGGGCUGGGGAAAUUGGUGCUGUGGAGUCUGGGCUUGUGUUAUUUUGGUGUCGUGUUUGCUGUACCCCUCAGGAGGCAGGUGAUUAUCCGCGAGGGGCUGAAGUUUCCGAGCGGCUUUAGUACAGCCGUGUUGAUUAGUGUGUUGCAUGGCCAAACUAGGGAUGGAGAUGGGGAUGGGAAUGGGGAUGAUGGUGAUGAUGAUGGGAGGAGAGGAACGCCGGCGGGGUUUGCGAGCCUGGCCGCUCCUGCUGCGGGGCAGCUCCAGCAGGUUCAGGCGAUGAGCGGGGACGGGGAGGCGACGCGGAAGGCGGAGUCCUGGCGGCGCAAUGUGCGGUUGCUGUUGGCGUGCUUCUUUGUUUCGGGCGUUUUUACGUUUGCGACGUAUUUCCUCCCCGUGCUGAGAAACAUACCCAUUUUCGGGUCGGUCGCUGCCAGCGCUUGGCUCUGGACGCUGAACCCCAGCCUGGCAUACGUUGGGCAGGGCAUCAUCAUGGGGCCCGCUACGACGAUCCACAUGCUGCUGGGUGCCGUUGUCGGCUGGGGCAUCCUCUCGCCGCUGGCCAGGAGCAGAGGAUGGGCGCCCGGUCCGGUGGGCGAUUGGGAAACGGGCAGCAAGGGCUGGAUCGUUUGGGUGUCUCUGGCCAUCAUGCUUGCCGAUGCCGUGGUCAGCCUGGGAUAUCUCGCGUACCGUUCGGCGAGGCAGUACCUCCCCCAGUUGCGAGAGGCCGUCGGCUUUCGACUGCUGGGACGAAGACCGCAUGCCGGGUACACGUCCAUCAACGCCGAGGCCCAAGACGGCGAUGCCGCGGACCACGACGGCAACCCGCUUCUCGGCGAACUCGAAGAGGAGAAAGACCGUGACGAUGCGCCCGUUGACCAGCAGAUCAGCGACCGGGUUGUCGCCGUCGGCUUGGUCCUGUCUAUCGUCUUCUGCAUCCUGUGCAUCCGCAUCGUGUUCGGCAACCUUGUGCCGCUGUACGCCAGCGUCACGGCCGUCUUCAUCGCGCUCGUGCUGAGCAUCAUGGGCGUGCGGGCCAUGGGCGAGACCGACCUGAACCCGGUCUCGGGCAUCAGCAAGCUUGCCCAGCUGUUCUUCGCCCUGAUCAUUCCGCAGUCGAACAAGUCGAGUGUCUUGAUCAACCUGGUCGCCGGUGCUGUGUCCGAGGCGGGAGCCCUCCAGGCGGGCGACAUGAUGCAGGACCUCAAGACGGGACAUCUGCUCGGUGCCGCGCCCAAGGCACAGUUCUGGGGUCAGGUCAUUGGCGCCACUGUGGGGGCUGUUGCCAGCGCCUUCAUUUACCGGCUGUAUACAGCCGUCUACCAAGUCCCUGGCGACCUGUUCCAGGUGCCCACCGGUUACGUCUGGAUCUUCACCGCCCGCCUGGUCACCGGCAAGGGGCUCCCGCCCAUGGCUAAGGAGUGGGCUGUCGGGGCUGCCAUGCUGUUCGCCGUCGCAACAGCAUUGCGGACCCAGCAUGUUGGCAAACGCUGGCACGCGCUGAUCCCGGGCGGGAUUGCCGUUGCUGUAGGCAUGUAUAACGUCCCGUCGUUUACGUUGGCACGGACGGCCGGAGGUCUGCUCAGCUGGUGGUGGAGGUCGGCUAUGGGGUGGCAGGAGACGCCGCUGAUUGUGCUGGCAUCGGGGUUCAUCCUUGGCGAAGGCUUCUUGAGUAUUGUCAAUUUGAUCAUGCAAAGCGCUGGCGUUCCGCAUCUUGAAUAGGUAGCGCACGUUUGGCGGAUUUUGAGCAGGUAUGGGCUGGGCUGCAUCAACACGGCGUUCCGGAUGUACUAGACUAGCUACGGAUCUACCUUGGAUAUAUUACUGGCUUCUCGGGGGAU